AUGACGAGGACGGACGGGCAGCAUCCCCUUCCUAGCUCCGGUCACUACGAUCCACAUCCAGCCAUGAUCGGGUCGGUUGGUUGGUACCAGCCACAUUCGUCCAUUCGUGCUCCUGGCCAACACACCAGCGAGCUUAUCGAGACGACAACUAAACCAGACGGCAUGCGCGCCAUGAGCCCGCGGAUGGCAAGCGACGAUGUUGAAGCGUUGGAGCGUGAAAUGCACGCUGAACUGCGCCGGCAUGCGAAGGCGUUGUAG